GCACAGUUACUAGCAGAGAACUAUGAAAGAACAGUUAGUGACAGUUCAUUUAUAUCAAAAUUUCGAUGACAUUUGACUGGUAAACAAUGUAAUCAAAGAAGGGAGAGGGGAGGGGGGAAGAGAGAUUAUCCAAUCACGGAUUGUCAGAAACACAUGGCAAGCAAUUUACAAUUUGUUUUUUUUUGUUGAGGCGCACCAUGGCAGCUCGUUCAAGCUACAAUGAGGAGAGGAACCUCCUUCGCAUCCAAGAGCGGGAGCGACGGAAUCAGGGAACCUUCCAGGAAAAGGAGUUCUACCAGGAGACCGUUCCCCUGUUCGGGGAACCCUAUAAGACGAACAAAGGAGAUGAGCUGUCCAGCCGUAUCCAGAGGAUGCUGGGUAGUUAUGAGGAUGUGAACAAUCCCAACACUCACCAGUGUUUGGACAGCAGCUUCUCUAAGGAGCCUCAAUCUCAUGUCACCACAAAAUAUGGGCGGCCAUCUCGCAGCCGAGACCGAGCGAAGCCUCCAUUCCAGAACCCUCCUCAGUACGGGGCAAGCCAGAGCCAGAGUGGUGGUAGCCACUCUGGCCAGAACCACGGUCCUUCCUCCUCCUACACCCAGUCCUCCCUGAGUCUCAGCCAGGGCCAGGCCUGCCCAGACCCACACCAGAGAAAGACUGAGCUCUGGCCAGACCUGAGGGAGUGUGCCAGUCUUCCUCCAGUCCUCUCCGCCCUGUCCCCCCCAGCCGAUCCCCUAUCCCCCCUACAUUCCAGUGACCCCAGCGACUCUGAACACCAGGACUCCCCCCUGCACCCUGAGAGGCACCCGGCCUCUCCCCUACACCCCGACUCACACUUCCCCAUGGUGUCCCCCCUGGAUGACCCCCAGAGAGACAUCCCGCCUCCGGCCAUCGAUGGGGCAACCCUACCCUCUCAGACCUUCCCUCCACCACUGGCCUCCAAACCCAACCUGGUUAUGCCCCAGAAGCCAACAGCCUAUGUCCGGCCCAUGGACGGCCAAGACCAGGUGACCAGCGAGUCUCCGGACCUCAAGCCCUCUCCAGAAGACUUCCAUGGGCAGUCUUAUCAUGAACCCUUACCAGACUUGAAAAGCACCAAGCCCAGCCUUUCCAAACUGAAGAUACCAUCACAGUCUAUAGAGACGCUGUCACAUGAAGCUGACUGUGUGGAAGACAUUCUGAGGGAAAUGACCCACUCCUGGCCUCCUCUCCUGACUGCCAUCCAGACACCCAGCACAGUUGAGCCCUCCAAGUUCUCCUUCCCAGUCAAGGAAGCACAGCAUGUCCCACCUGCGUCUCCAGGACAAAAACACUAUGGAUCACCUCCACUAGCCCCGCCCUCCAUCUGUCAACAGAGCUCAUGUACGGUUACAGCAGCACAUUCCAGUGGGGUGGAGUCAGCCAGCUCCAGUGACUCUGAGAGCAGCUCAGGGUCAGAGUCAGGCAGUGAGAGCGGUGAGAGUGGGACAGAGGCCCCCCCACAGCCCCUCAGGAGUAGUAGCCCACCUGUGACAAAGGCGGAGGGCCCCGUGGUGACUAACUGGCAGUUGAACAACUGGAUCAGAGUGAGCCAGCAGAACCCCAGCACAGAGAGCCAGAGUGAUGCUCUACUGAGCCCUCUACCCAAACAGCAGCAGAGCCAUGAGGAGGAGGCCAUUCCUCCCAGGGACUACAAAUCCCACACACCCCCACGUCGCUCAGAGUUCAGUGACGGCGAAGCCAAACCUCAACGCAGUGAAGAAGCUGCCCGCAACCAGCAUGUCCAACUCAAGUCCCCGGCCGCCUCGCACGUUGGGAACAGCAGCAACAGCAGCAGCAGUCAGAGAAAGACCGUGGGGAACAAACACCCCUCUAGACCAGCCAAGGCUCCCCGACCUAAAGACCCUCAGGCUGGGUUACAGGUGGAGAGUGUGGAGGUGGUCCCCCGUGACAAAGACACCUCGUUCACAGACAAGCCAAAGGUCAAAACGAAAACCGGCCACAGCAAUAGCAAGAGCAGCGGAGCCAAAACAAACAGCAGGAAGCCUGCCAAGCGUGGCACCUCUGAGAAGAAGACCGAACAACCAGAGUCACAGGGUGGCCCCAAGGUCACUCUGGUGCUGGACUGUAAGCGGGAGAAGUCUCCUAGUCCCAGUCCUGCCCAGGAGGUAGACCAGCCAGCCCCAGCUGUGGUGAAGACCAUCGGUGUCAGGACGGAGACCCUCCCGGCCCCUCAGAAGGGCCAAAAGAAGCCCCGGCGCCACUCUCUAGACCCAGCACACAAGGCCAAGCGGGAGUCCUCAGCCAAAGCUUCCAGGGUCUGCCAAGGUCCUCCACGGGCCCUGCUGGUAAAGAUAGAAUUGAGCCUGCUGUCCAGGGUUCCCUCCCAGGGCUCCAGGCCUUCUUCAGGGGGACAGGAGCCAGCCAUCAGGAAGGGACCCAACACGGCCCCCGAGAGGGGGGACAGCAACCCCGCUGCCCCCAUCCCUACCAAAGUCUGCAAGAAGAGACCGGCUGAGAAGGAUGUGAAAACCGUGCCAAGGAAGAAGCCAAAGCUGCAGAAAGAUCUUAAACCCUCCACUUCAGGUCCUGGUUCCCGCAAGUCUGAGACUGAGAGGAAGCGGUCUAAGGGGGCUCCUGUCCCUCUGCUGCAACCCACCGCCACUCAGGACCCUGGGAAAGGGCAGGGGGGCCACAAACGGCAUGCGGUGGAUGCCCCAGAGCCUAGCACAGCAUCUGCAGCCCACCGCAGGGACAGGGAGGCCUCCACACCUGUCAAGCACAAGAAGAGCACUGGAAAACAACGCACAGAGCAUGCCAAGAAAGGCCUCAAGAGCAGCGUUGCCUUCUCCGUGCCUUCCCAGCCCACCGGGGCCGCCCUGUCCUCCAGACCCCUGCUCCAGUUCGAAGAGCGGCAGCAGCCAGUGGAGUAUCACAUGAAGGAAGCCAAAACACUCAAGCACAAGGCAGAUGCCACGCCGGAUAAGGUGGGCAAAGCUUUCAACUACCUAGAUGCUGCCAUGUCCUUCGUGGAGAGCGGCAUCGCUAUGGAAACCGAUCCCCAGACCCCGAAGUCGGCGUAUACGAUGUUCGCUGAAACCUUGGAUCUGAUCAAAUUUAUACUGAAACUAAAGGGCUCUGUGAACCCCUCGGCUCCUGCUACAGACAAGGACUUUACAGUUUUAUGCAUGAGGGGCCUGUCCCUUCUACAGAUGGCCAUGUUUCGCUACAAACGAGAAGCAGCACUUAAGUAUUCAAGGACCCUGACAGAUCAUUUCAAGAGUUCUAUAAAGUCUGCAACCCAGGCUCCUUCACCAUGUGUCUCAAAAAGCACAGGUACCCCAUCCCCCAUGUCUCCCAUGCCGUCUCCUGCCAGCACAGCCAGUUCUGGGCCGGGCUCCAACCACAGCAGCGGGGCGGGGGCAGGCACCGUCAGCACCGUGGCCAUUCCACAGGUCAUCCAGCAGGUGGCGUCUUCCUACGUCAACAUCACGGCACUCUUCCUGAGUGCUCACGACAUCUGGGAGCAGGCUGACGAGCUGGCCCACAAAGGCAGUGGUUUGCUGUCUGAGUUGGACUUGGCUCUGGGCCCGUUGAGCCUGACGUCCACCAUGAGCUCUUUGGUGCGUCACACACGGCAGGGACUGCAGUGGCUCCGACUGGACACCCGUGAGGCACAGUGACCGCUUCUCAGCCCUGCCCUGUCGACAAUGCCUAGCCCAGCCCUACCCUGUCGACAAUGCCUAGCCCAGCCCUGCCCUGUCGACAAUGCCUAGCCCAGCCCUGCCCUGUCGACAAUGCCUAGCCCAGCCCUGCCCUGUCGACAAUGCCUAGCCCAGCCCUGCCCUGUCGACAAUGCCUAGCCCAGCCCUGCCCUGUCGACAAUGCCUAGCCCAGCCCUGCCCUGUCGACAAUGCCCAGCCCAGCCCUGCCCUGUCGACAAUGCCUAGCCCAGCCCUGCCCUGUCGACAAUGCCUAGCCCAGCCCUGCCCUGUCGACAAUGCCCAGCCCAGCCCUGUCGACAAUGCCCAGCCCAGCCCUGGCUUUCCCUGUCCGCGACAUCCUUCUUGGUUUUAUUUAUUGACGGGCCAUCAGAUGAAUGCAGGAUCCCAAGUCCCUCUACAAGUUGUUCACAUGGAUACCAAGUCACCUUUUUUCUCUCAACUACAUAUAUCUAUAUAAAUAUAUCUAUCUCACACACACACACACAGAUUACAUGCAUUUUUGGGUCCCUGUCCUCUGUUGGUCACAUUGAAGGGUCCAUCAACAAACAACUAUCACAUCCUCUGGAGCUCAGGGGGGGCUGAUGGAGGCGGAGCUGAAUAGGACUUCCUCCCUUUCUCAACCUCGAGCCACACAGCCAGCUGACUGGCCCUGCCAUCCCUCUGGGGGUCAGUAGGGGUGUCUCCCCGUGGCCUGCCCCACCCCUCUGGGGGUCAGUAGGGCUGUCUCCACCCCUCUGGGGGUCAGUAGGGGUGUCUUCCCCUGGCCUGCUCAACCCCUCUGGGUCCUGUCUGUCCUGGAGGUCAGUGAGGCCAUGUCCCUGCAGGAUGGUUGUCUGAAGAUACCUGCUUUUUUUGGGUUGUGGUUCAGAGAGGCCUCUCACCUUUCUCCUGUGGUAAUGCAAAGCAGUAAUGACAAAAGCUUAUUUAUUAGCCUUAUUAUUAUAUCACUUUUUAAAUAUAUUGUUUCAAUUAAUUUUUGUUUUGUUUGAUUAAAAGUGUUGAUAUGGCCAAUAGUUUUACUUCACAACCAACUAAAAAGUCCUAUAGAAGUGAAGGGAUCUAUCCAUCCAAGACACGUCUAUAAUAAUACUGUUUGAAUUCGGCAGGAUAUAGUUAGUAUGUCUCUGCUGUACCAUAAAGUAUUAUAAAGUGACUAGAUGCAUUGUCCUGAAAUAUGGGACGGUCAGUAUUCUUGAAUGGAGACAAAGAUAGUCCUUGAUGCUUUUUUUUUUUGUGAAGAUAUAUUAUUAUUAUUUUUCCCCCAUUUUUCUCUUCAAAAGAGAUGGAUUCUACGUGCCAGGGCGGGUCCACUGUGUUCAAUCAGUCAUAACAGAAAUAUAAUUUGACUUGGAUUUUGUACUUGCUUUCCCUUUUUUUUGUCAACAACUGCUCAUCUAAGACAUUUUAGAUAAGAAAUGGUCUGAUUUGACCAGUAGCCCUGGUCCUUACUCUUCAGACAGGAAGCAGGAAGUAACUACCUCAUCUUCACUGCACAUGGGAAGCAGAGCAAUGCUGUCUGAUGGAGGCAGAGAGAGAGAGGAAGGGACCUGUGGCCUAAUGUGAUGGUUGAGAGGGUUUUCUCUAGUUCUGUAAUCUAUCCAGCAUACAUGCUUUUUAACACUCAGGCUGAAGCUGCGCAUCAAACCAGUUCAGUAAAAAUAAAAGUGCCUUAGAUGUUGUUGUUUUUUAAGGACACUUGCCAUCUUGUCUCCCCAAAUGGAAUACUUAGUGAAUAUAGCAUCAUCUUGUAUUGAUCAUUGACAAAGCAAGUCCCAUUUAACUGAAGUCAAAAGUGGAUUUAGUAUUGAAAAGCAGGAUACUCAUCCCUUUACGAACAGCCGUGACUGUUGGAAAUGAUUCACUGUAGGACUGGCAACCUGUGAGGGAGCGUUGACCGGCUGUUUAGUUUACAUCCUUUGCCGUAGCUCUGGUGUCACAUGUUGUGUGUACAUACAAUAACGGCCCAUGUCAUUAGAAAAUAACACUUAUCAACACGUCUAAAUGAUUGCUGGAUUUUUUAUUUUCUUUUCGUAUGGUAGUUGAAAAUACAGUUUUAUGUACCACACAGGUCAGCAGAAGUGACUGGGCAAAUGAUUGGCUAAAUCCUACAACUGGUCUUUGACCCUAUUGCCCGUUUUAUCUCUUCCGUACCUAUUACCACCAUUUUUAGACCACACAACUCCCUAGGUGACAAGAUAUGCGUCCCAAAUUGCACCCAAUUCCCUAUAUAGUGCACUAUUUUUUUUUGUUUUUUUUGUUGACCAAGUAGUCUACUAUAUAGGGAACAGGGUCCAAUUUGGACAAAGCCUGUCUUUAGAGGAGUAUUAAUUUUUAUCAUGGACAUUUAUCUUCAUUGUGUGUGUUCAGCACCGUCUAUUCAUUGAGAUGAAAUAUUACCAGACUUAGACAAUGCCUUUCUGUAGAAUGAAUUGACAAUAAUUUCCCUUUAAAGCACCCUGUUCAAUUUCUGUAGAAUGAAUGACUUGGUAUUUGUUUUUCUGAUUUAAAAAAAAAAAAAGGUGAGGGUUUGAUGGUAUUACAAUUACACACUUGUAUUUGAUUAAAUCAGUGGUUUAUUUAAUGUUUAACGGAUGUUAUUGAUGGCGAAAUACUAGCGAUCCUUAUGAUUUUGUAUCAGUCAAUCAAUAUUCUGAUAUUUAAGCCUAUACAACCCUGCCUCCUCUCUCUCAUUUCAGCAUUAACAUAACAAUGCUUACAGCAAGAUAAAAACCAACGUGUGUCAUUUGCACUUGUUUCAGUGUAUUUUUCGGUUUCCUCCAGGGUUGGAGUCCUCUUGCUUGUUGUAAAGGCUUUGGUUAAGAGCAAUAAAACAGGGCGGUGAAUGCAAAAUGAUACAUAGAACAUGAAUAAAAUACUGUUUUUUGAUGAAAGAUUGGAGAUUGGUUUACAUCACCAUGCUUUGCUUAAAAUUGACUAAAUUUGUGCGGUUUAGUUAAAUGAAUUGUUUUAUUGUUACUAUACUGUAAAAAAAAAAAAAAAAAAAGAAAAAAAAAAAAGAAAUUGGAGCUCACUGGAACAGCUAUUUCUAUUGGCGUACAAAUAUAUAAGGGCUGCACAUGAAACCACAAAAGAAAAAUGUGUUUGUAUUUAUUUUAUCACAAAUAUGAACCGUAUGAAUAGACUAUACUGGUACCAUGGCUUUUUUUUUUUUUUUUUUUAUAUAUAUAUUUAAAAAAUCCCCCCUCCAAAGUAGGCUGCUUUGUAAGUAAUCAAUCAUACUUUGAGAUACCCAACUUGGAUGUCAAACUGCACAUGAAAUGAAAUGUUGUCCUGUUUUGAGAUGACAUUCUACAUUUUGUACUGACUAAAACGUUGCUCUGGUUUCUAUGUCAUGUUACAUGUCCUUUUUCAUAUUUUUGAAGCUUUAUUGUCAUGCUUCAUUUCAAUCUUUUAUUUUUGCGCUUAAGUUCUAGGUAUUCUGUGGGCAGAAUUAUAAUUAUUGUCCAUAAAUAUAUGAUAUCACGCUAAAAGGAACAACAUCACCGUGGUCAUUUACUGGGAAAAUGUGCAGAAAUCUUUUGUAAUUAAACUUUUUUGCCUUGUGGAAAUAUGUAAAUAGUUUGAGCUGCAAUGUACAGAGAUGUAUAAAGACUGAUUGACAAUGAAUUUUUGGUUUUCUUUUGACUCAAGUUUUCCCAAAGAUGCUGUUUUGCAGACAUUUUGUAGCUUUUGGCUGCUGAAGAUGAAUUGUGGCUCAACAGUAUAUUCAGACCUCUGCACUGUAAAAUGUUUGAGGCAAUAAACUUUGGGGGACAAUG